UAAAUUAGAUCAUAGUUAUUUCAAAUCAUUACCGGAUUUGGAAAAGUCAAAUAUAAGUAUUUGCAUAAAGCAGGGACAGUUUAACAAGUUUUUGAAGAAGGAAAGGAUUUACACAGUAAAAGCAUUUAGCAACAAAACUUUUGUUAAAAUGAGUACUUCAAACGAUACACAAACUACAGAGGAGUGUCCGAAACCAUUUGUAAACAGAAGGUGGAAAAUGUUUAGAUGAAGUGCGAUUGAUAUUCGAUGACCAACAAGAACUCUUUAUCUCACAAAACUUUCUAAUUUUAUCUUCACCGGUUUUCGAGGCUAUGUUUAAAAACAAUUUCAAAGAAAAACAGUCACUGACAGUCAACUUAACAGGGAAAAACUACGCAGACUUUCUGGAAUUUCUUAUGUGCAUCCAUCCGGGGUUUUUAAAUCCGAUAACAGAAUCCAAUGUUCUGCGCAUUGCACCAAUAGCUGAAGAAUAUCAAGUUGCCUCUGUUGUUACAAGUUGUAAAUCCAAGAUGAAAAACUGGUUAGACAAAGAAUUACAAGAGGCAAAACGAAACACUUCCACCACGGAACAUAUUGUUCCUAUUAGAAAAUGUCUAACUAUUCCAACUACAGCUUUGUCGCUUAACUACGAAACCGAAACAGCCUAUGCUGUCGACAUCAUCGCGAGGCUCCCUCACAGAAUUUACUAUGGAUCAUAUCAACCAGACACUAUAAAGUCAAAUUACCAUCAUUACUUAAAUAACAAGAAAAAAGUAAACGGAGUGGAUGUCAAGAUCAGAGAAAUUAUAGCUGAAUGUCGACAAUUGUUCUUAAAACUACCUGCAGAGCUUAGAUGUACACUAUUGUCUAAACGACUGGCUCUAUAUCAAGACAAUGAGAUCAAGUAGAAGACUUACGGUACAAGAUUGAUCACAAAAGGCGUGAUUAAACGCUUUACGUCUAACUUCAUCUAACUUCAAGAGACAUGGAAUUUCGUAAAAGCAAAAUAAUGCUGAGUGUAAUGUAAGAAAACUGACUAAAAAGAGCUGUUUUUGUGAAUCGAAAGUAUCGUUACAAGCUAGAUAAUCUUAGAUUGAAUUCAUUUUCAUCAAUUCAUAUACUGCAUGUAAAUUUCUAUAUGCUAAACAAAUGUUAAUAGUCUCAAUGUUUUCAGGGUUGUUUUUUUCCAGAAUACAUCGAAGUGCUGUUUUAUCCAAACUGGAAUAUUCUAAAAUUUGUUAUGAAUACAGCAACAAAUGGACUCAAAAUGUCAUUGUUAGGAAUUUCAUUGCACACAAUGUUUAAAGUUUAUAAACGUAUCCUGUCAAAUAAAUUAAAAAUU